CUUCCAGCAGUCAUGGGAGCCUCGCAGGCGCGUCCCGAGAAGAACCAGUACCAGGACCUGGCCCGGAAAACUGGAUUUUCACAGGAACAGAUUAAAAAUCUCCACAAAAGAUUCCGACAACUCAGCGGAAAUGAGGAGACGAUCAGCAGAGGAAACCUGGACAGCGUUGCGGCGCUCGCCAACAAUCCCAUCAAGAAGCAAAUCAUUGAAGCGUUCUUUGACAAAAGGAACCAGCGCCAGGACGAGGUGGGCUCCUCCGAGGAGAUCGGCUUCGAGGAGUUCCUCAUGGUCAUGUCUCACUUUCGGCCCCCGACGCUCAAGACCUCCGAGGAGGAGAGGGAGGCCAUGAGGAAGGAGAAGCUGCGCUUCUUGUUCAACAUGCACGACACCGACAGCGAUGGCACCAUCACGCUCGCCGAGUACAGGAAGGUGGUGGAGGAGCUGCUGUCAAAAAGCGGCAGCAUGGGACAGGAAGCUGCCAGGGCCAUCGCGGACGCCGCCAUGUUGGAAGUGGCGAGCACCAACGUGCCGCACAUGGUAACGUGCAACGACGUCAUGCUAGGCUAG